CCUGCGGGGCGAGACAUGCGGUCAGGCCAGGCGCCCGCGCCAAAACGGCUCCCCUCCCACCGGGUCCGGCUCGGGGUCCGGGUUUGGGUCCCGGCCGUGGAGGCCACGUGGGCGCCCGCCUGGCCAUGGCCGCAGCCUGUGCGGCCCCAGGCACGCUCCAGUCCCUCCGCCUGGGGGACACGUGGCUUUCCGGGCGCUUCCGCCUCAACCCGGCCCUGCGCGCUGGCCUGCGCCGGCAAGGGGGUGCCGGCAGAUCGGGAUCCGCCGGACGCGGUGCAAGCAGGGUUGGAGCCGAGGGUCGCAGGGGAAAUCGCCCCCCAAACCACUCCAGGCUUACCGGGAAGCUGGCGGGGCCGGGUGGCGGCUGCACUGCGGAAGCUGAAACUGGAAGCGACCACCAGACCGGGGAGCCGCCCGCGGAGGAGGGGCGUGGGGCGGAGCGCGGGGCGGACACACCCCGGACGCCCCGCCCGCCCGCCGGUCUUGCGCCCCGCCGGCGGCCUACGGGCCUCACGCUGGAGCCCCGUGGGAGGAGCUGGUGCGGGUUCCGGAGACGGGAGAUGGUUGGUUCUGCGCCUGGACGCCCCGCGGGGGGAAUCACACACGUCCCGGAUCCCACGCCUCAUCACUGUUCUUCCCGGGACCCGCCCACGAGCACCUGCUCCGGGCCUGGAGAGCUCUUUAUCCAGAGCGUUAGAACUCUGGAGUUUUACCUGGACACAAUGUUAACCUAAAUACAAACAUUUUCCAGCUUCCCUAUCUGCUAGAUGCAGUCAUAUAGGUAAGUUCUGGCCAAAGGGAUGGGAGGGGAAGUGAAGGCUGCAAAUCCAGCAUUUUACCUUGAAAAGGAUCGGCUCUGCUUCACUUCCUAAUUGCUGGCAGACAGACCUAGGGGAGGGGAUCCAACUGGGCUUGGUUAGAAGGAACCAGAGCCCUGACAGCCUCAAGGGCCAGAGCCUUACCACGUCCCCAUCAACCAGCUUGGGUUUUAACUUUUUUUUAAUGAUCUUUAAAGAUGCAUGUAUUUAUUUAUUUGGAGGCAGAACAACAGAAACACAGGAAGAGACAGAAAGAGAGGCAUUGAGGUUCCAGGCGUGGGGUCGCUCUGUGUUUUCCAGAUUAAGUUGGCCGGACGGCUCCGAAGUCCCCCGCCUGGGCAGGAGAUCCUAACCAGUAGAUAGAUUAUUUAUGAUUCACUCCCCAAAUGGCUUUUUUUUUUAAUUUUUAAAUUUUCCCCCCAAAUGGCUUUAAUAGCCAGGGCUGGCUGGGCCAAAGCCAGGAAUCAGGAGCCUCCUUUGGGUCUCCUACAUGGGUACAGGGGCCCAAGCACUGGGGCCAUCUUCUGCUGCAUUCCCAGGCGCAUUAACAGGGAGCUGGAUUGGAAAUGGAGCCAGCUGGCUCUCGAACCAACACCCAUAUGGAAUGCUGGCACUACAGCAGAGGCUUAACCUAUGCCAUUGUGCUGCCCUGAUAUGGGGGCCCAAGUACUUGGACCAUCAUUCACUGCCUUCCUGGUGUACCAGCAGGAAGACAGAUCGGAAACAGAGCAGCUGGGACUUGAACUGGUACUCCAAUAUGGGACGCUAGUAUUGACAGCUUAACCCUCAAAGCCACAACACAGGCCCCCAGCUUGGAUCUUAAGUGAAAGAGAAGUGAACUUUUAGUUCUUCUCUGUUAAAGAUACCAGGCCAAUGUGUAUUUUUCUAAGUCACUACCCUAACAAAUCAAAAUUACUUACAAAGGACUGGCAUUGUGGUACAGCGGGUUAAGCCACUGCUUAUGACAGCAGCAUCCCAUAGCUUAGUGCUGGUUGAAGACUGGAGUCUAGGGUGCUCCACUUCUGAUCCAGCUCCCUGCU